AUGAAAACUAUUUGCCUUACAACAUUCACACUUAUUAUAUUUAUAAGUAUUGUUCGUUCACACUUGAUUCCACGUGAUACGGGUGAUAACGCAUGUGAUAAGCUCAUUAAAGACGCUCGUUAUUCAGAAGAACCGUUUAUUAAUUAUUUUGAUAUAAAAGCUUGUUAUGAAUCGACUCCAUAUAAUAAAACCAAAGCAAUACAAUAUGAUGUUGCAGAUCUUAUUGAUGAACUAAGAGAUGGACAUGUCAGGCUUUUUUCUACUGAUUAUCAUCAAUUUAAUUUUUAUCAGGGAUUAUCUUUGUACUCCGUAAUUAAAGAUGGAACACAGGUAGAUUUUGCAAAUCAUCCUGGUACCAUUGAUUGUCAAGUCAUAUAUAUAGAUGACAAACCGUCAAUUGAUGUGAUUACAGAAUUUGCAACUAAUCACAUAUCUAGUUCAAGAGAUUUAAGUGUUCGAUUUAACUUGGCUCUCGCAUCUUUUGGUUUUGGAACUGGAGAUUUUACAAUAGGUGGACGAUUAUUCACAACUCGAUAUAAAUUGCCAAAAAGUCCAAAUAUUUCUUACACUCUUAAUUGUAAUGGUAAAAUCUCUAAAAUAAAUCGAGAAUGGAAAACUUUUAUUAAAAGUUCUUCAUAUAUAUCCCCAUACAUCGAUGGUACUACAGUUGGUAAAGCAAAAUUGAUUUUUGAUGCAUUCAUUGCCAGAUUUUAUAUAUUACAAGAUUUUGGUGUGGUCUUGAUUUCGACUGAAAAUGUGAAUGAUUCUGACCUUAAAUAUCGUUAUAUAUCCGAUAUGGUUUUUGGAUUUAAAUUAUUAGCUAAAAAAGGUAUAAAAAAGAUUGUUUUAGAUCUAAGUAAUAAUUACGGUGGUUCUGUUGAUAUUGCACACAAUAUAAAUAAAAUUCUAUUUCCCAAUAUUCAAAGCUUUCCAGUUGACAUGAAAGUCAAUGAUAUUUCUGCACAAUUCAUAGAAGGUUUUUCAAUGAUUAGUUCAUUAUAUAACGAUCAACAAAAUGGAUAUAUACAACAUUAUAAGACAUAUAUUUCUACAAGAACAAAUGCUUCAUUCAAUAGCGUUAAGGACUUUAUUGGAAAUAAUUUAUAUACUCGUGGCGAUAUUCAACUUAAAUACACUUCAAAAGCAUUUUUAAACCAUACGGUACUGUAUGGUGGAAGUUUAGAACUUCCUACGCCUCCUAAAUUUCCUUGGAACGAGAAAGAUAUUAUAAUCUUGACAAACGGAUUGUGUUUUUCAUCAUGUGCAACUAUAACACAACGAUUAGCUGAAAUUAAUGUUCCUACCGUAGUUGUCGGUGGAUUUCCAAAUAAACGGUUUUCUUUUGCAUCAACGUCUGGGGGAUAUAUGGUAACUACGGGUUAUUUUCAAGCUUAUGUUAAAAGACUUAAAAAUCUCAAUAGUUCUUUAGUUUUCAGCUUGACUCUUCCUGAAACUUUAAGUUUAUCGUUUACUAUAGUUGAAGCUUAUAGUGUUAACCAUCCAAACGAAGUCAUGGAUUUUUCUUUUAGACCUGCGGAUUAUCAAUUAUAUUAUGAUGAACGAA